UACGUUACGCUUCCGCCAUAAAAUCAAUAUUUGCCUACGGAAUCAAAUAUUUUCCCUUCGGUUGCUGAUGAUAAGUUUUGGCAUUCUAGCUAGUGCCAACUUGGGCUACUUGUUGUACACUAGCAGAAAAUUAGGGCGAGAAGAGAAGCCUUUUGGCGGGCAUCGAGAUACAGAGGCUUUACAGCAGAGUUUUCAUGAAUCCGAGUUUAGUACAGAGUAUAAUAACACAGAAACGUCUCUGAAACCCGAAUCAGAUCAAGAACUAGAUAAGAAAGAAAAGCAAUCAAUGACACGAGGUAGAGAUCCUGAAACGAUAGCACCUUACUUAUGCCCUGAUAUACCACCAAACUUGGGUCCAGUAACUUUCGCGAACACAUUCGACGUUGAUUUCCGCAAAGAUAACAAAGGGGAUCUUCGAGCAGGUGGUUUCUACAAAUCAAGAAAAUGCAGCGCUCUUCAGAACGCUGCUAUUAUUGUGCCUUUCAGUGGAACAAGAUUGGAGCUGAUAGCAUUUGCUAAUUUCAUUCAUCCAUUCCUCAUGAGGCAGCAGUUGGAGUACCAAUUAUUUAUCGUUGAACACAAUGACACAUCUGUACCGUUUAGUGUCGGAAAGCUCCUAAACAUCGGCUAUCUCGAAGCUCUGAAGACUAACAAAAGAUGGUUGUGCAUAAUACUCCACACAGCUCACCUGAUACCUAUGGAUACCAGGAACCUUUACCGCUGUGCUUGGCAGCCAGCACAACUUGUCAAUUGGCUCCAUUAUAAUGGAUUACUGUAUAAUUUUCCCGCAUCGUCCUUGGGAGUUGUUGCUGUGACUACAGACCUGUAUGGAACAGUCAAUGGUUUCCCAAAUACGUUUGAAGAUAAUACAAAUGAAUUUCUAGAAUUUGUUAGAAGGUUGGUUGACGUUGGCGUCUUAGACUCGGAGGCAAUUGAAACAAAAUCCUCGUAUAGUGUUUAUAGGAGCUUGAAGAACUUAACGAUUACACCAAUCAUGUUAAAAAAAAGCAUGGAAAAUAUAACGAAUGCACCUUUAAGGUUCGUGUAUACCCAACUACCCGAGUUCGUACCUUACUCAAAUACAACGCACUCAAACCAGAGUUUCGACGGUCUAACAUCUCUCAACUACGAACUCAGUGGGAUUGAGUAUUACAAAAUGUACACACAUAUCGGGGUGUCAAAAGUUUGGUUGACGAAAUCUAAUGACGCUAUUAUUGCAUUCAUGAAGCGUUAUUUAAAGGGACCUUGAGAGCAU